CUUGGGGUGUUUGGGUGCUUGGGUGCUUGGACUCGGAUAUCCUCGCUGUCCUCGACUGCGACUGCAUUCGGCAUUGGCCAUUCCUGCUGCUGCUGACAGGCAGUCUCCAUCCGCGUUCUUUCGCCGCUCGCCAUGGGUGCCGGAAACAAGAAAUUCAAGGCCCGCUCUGGCAGCGCCGCCGCCGCCCCCGCCGCUGCCGCUGUCGCCGAAGCUGGUCCGUCGCGCACCGCCAAGACCGUCCUCGACAAGACAGCUGGGUCCAAGCGCAUCAUCGACAAAAAGUCCAAGCGGCUCCAGAAACAGAGCUCGUGGCUCAGCAAGCUGCAGAAGGCGACCGAGUCCUCAAAGGCCACUGCCCUCAAGAAGCACCUCGAUCUCUCUUCGAUCAAGUCGGCCCUCGGCUCGGUUGGUCUCGUCGGCGGUAGCGGCGCUGGCAUCUCGGCUGCCCCGGCUGGGGCGGUGGCUCCCGGCACGGCCUCCUCUUUCCACAAGUCGCAGAAGAACAGGAAAAAGACCACCGUCAGCGAAGUCACUCGGUUGCAGAGUGUCCUUCAGCAUCCGGCGUUCAAAUCGAAUCCCCUUGCAACCAUCCAGCAGCACAUCAAGAACACCAUGACCCAGGCCGGCGCCCCCAGCUCAUAGACCCUCCCGCAUUGCGGGCUCAUGAACACAUCGCGUGUCGCUCCAUUCCAACGCAAUCGUGGCCGAGCUACCGGGUCCACAGCCAGAUGCGAUCGGGAUCCAUUCGAUGAAUUGCCACAAUCCACCUUGCCGAUCGGCGCACCGCCCAUCCGCAUCCCUUCAUCACAUUUCAUAUCAAAGCCCACUUUCCGCUUCCGUCGCUCCAGGACCAAGCCAAGUCUCGAGCGCCGUGGAACUAAUGCACGAUCACAGCUUGGUCAUAAUGAAGAAUGAACAGUCCACACAGCCGCCAACGAGCCUUUCGUCAAUGUAGUCGAGACGUCUCUGGCAAGGGCCCGCUGACCUGAAGUCCAUGCUCUGGACCAAGUAUCUGGGUG